CUUGGAUCCAGCUGCUGAGGUGCGCGCGUCAGUUGCGCAGAGAGCCGAGCGAAAUAACAACGCGACGUCUCUUCUUCUUUUUAUUUUCUAAUAUAUUUGUGCUGUUGCGGGGUUUUGGGGCGCCGCUUGGAUCCGUAGAUAGGAGCGUUUGUUUCUUGGAGUUUCACACUUGUUCACGCACGGACUGCAUCGUUCUGCUGUCAAUGCGCAAUCUGCAGCGGUUUACUUCAGGUGGCCUUUAAGCGGCUGGAGCGACUCGCCUCUCUACAGGAGUGCAGCAAAGGUUUUUUUUUCUUUUUUUUGCUCUCACCAAGAGCUGUUUUUUUUUUUCAUCUUCCCACUCUGACUCCAUCGCUCAUCCCAUCUGUUCGAGGAUCCACGCCAGGGCUGUUUCAUAACAAGAAAUUCAUCUGUUGUCUGCGCGGCGUUGAAUGACACUUCAAGCUUUUCUGCCCUCAAAGAGGGCUUGAAGCCACCAAAAGGAAAAUCACUUUUUGUUUUUUAAACUGUCGUGUUUUUUUCUCUAAGUCGACAACUAUGAUUCACUUGUGUUUAAAUAGUAGUCCCACUUAAAUUUGAGUAGCUCCAGCUGAGCUUUACAACCGCAUUCUACACUAGUAUGAGUUAUGACAGCUCCACGUCUGUGCCCAGCAGCAGCGGUCGGGGGCGAGCGGUGGGGGCCUGCGGCGAGGACCGGGAGGUAGAGACACUAGAAGGAAAUGAGCAGAAAAGCACCUGCGGCCGCUCCCUUUCCAGCGUCCCCGGCCAGGAACAGGGCGGGGCCUCCAGAGCAGGGUCCGGGAGCCUGUCCGGAGACCAGAGAGGGCCGCACUCGGACGACAUGGACGGCGUCUCCAGCGGGAACGACUCGGGGGAGAGGGAAAGCGUGGGUAGGAGGGCGAGGGACGGAGGGACCUCGUGCGGACACCAGUCGGCGCCCAGCUCCCACAGUCACAGCUCGUCCAACGGGAAGGACUCCGGUAUGAAUCUGGAAACCACAGACAGCAACAAGAGCUCCAACUUCCAGAGUCUGUCGCCUCCCAACGGCUCUCUGGCCUACAGCCUGCUGUCCAACAGCUCAGAGCACGACCCCCGCUCCACCUCCGGCUGGAGCAGCGACCAGUCGGCUAGGCUGCAGACGCAGAAGGACCUAAUGAAGGCCAUCAAGGAGCUGAAGCUCCGCCUUCCCACUGAGCGCAAAGCCAAGGGCCACUCCAGCACCCUGAGCGCGCUCAAAUACGCCCUGCAGUGUGUCAGGCAGGUUCGAGCCAACAAAGAGUACUACCACCAGUGGAGUGUGGAGGAGUGUCAUGGCUGCAGUCUGGACUUGUCGACCUUCACAAUAGAGGAGCUCGACAACAUCACUUCAGAAUACACCCUGAAGAACACAGACACGUGCUCUAUGGCCGUGUCGUUCCUGUCGGGGAAGGUCGUGUACGUGUCCCCUCAGUGUUCGGCCCUGCUGCGCUGCAAGCCCGAGUGUCUCCAGGGAAUCAUGUUCUCGGAGCUCCUGGCCCCGCAGGACGUCAGCACCUUCUACAGCAGCACGGCGCCCUGCCGCCUGCCGUCUUGGGCCUCCUGCAUUGGCUCCGCUUCUCCUCCCGUCGACUGCACCCAGGAGAAGUCCAUGUUCUGCCGGAUCAGCGCCGACCGGGCGCAGGGGGGCGAGAUGCGCUACCACCCGUUCCGCCUGACGCCCUACCAGCUCACCCUCAGAGACUCGGACGCUGCAGAACCGCAGCCCUGUUGCCUGCUCAUCGCCGAGAGGGUCCACUCCGGAUACGAAGCUCCUCGUAUCCCUCCAGACAAGAGGAUCUUCACCACCAGUCACUCUCCCAGCUGCCUCUUCCAGGAAGUCGACGAGAGGGCAGUACCGCUUUUAGGCUACCUGCCCCAGGAUAUGGUGGGAACCCCCAUCCUGCUCUACAUCCACCCAGAGGACAGGCCAAUGAUGGUGGCCAUUCAUGAGAAAAUCUUUCAGUUUGCAGGACAGCCGUUCGACUACUCGCCCCUGCGGAUGUGCGCCCGCAGUGGAGAAUACGUCACCAUCGACACCAGCUGGUCCUCCUUCGUCAACCCUUGGAGUAGAAAGGUGGCGUUUGUUGUCGGACGUCACAAAGUCAGAACGAGCCCGCUGAACGAGGACGUGUUCACCCAGGGGAUGGGCUGUGAGAAUCGAGUCACCACGCCCGACAUCGUCCAGCUGAGCGAGCAGAUCCACCGGCUGCUUGUCCAGCCGGUCCACAGCGGCAGCUCUCAGGGCUACAGCUCACUGGGGUCCAGCGGCUCCCGGGGGUCCCGCCGUUCCCACCAGCAGCACCCCAGUGCCUCGGCCGCCUCGUCCAGCGACAGCAACGGCCCCGCCAUGGACGAAGUCGCCGCCGUGGCUUCGCACAAACCUAUGACGUUCCAGCAAAUCUGCAAGGACGUCCACAUGGUCAAGACCAACGGCCAGCAGGUGUUCAUCGAGUCCCGCAACCGUCCAUUACCCAGAAGAAACGCCAGCGCAGGUGCAGCAGGGGUAAGAACCAUAAACAGCGAUCCAAUCAGAGACUUGAUAGCGGACAUGACUCAGCCGCCCAGCUCCUUGGUCCCUGCGGCUCUUCUGCAGAAGGAGCCCUCGACCAGUUACUCCUACCAGCAGAUCAACUGUCUGGACAGCAUCAUCAGAUAUCUGGAGAGCUGUAACAUUCCCAACACCAUGAAAAGGAAGUGCGGCUCCUCCUCCUACACCACCUCAUCCACGUCCGACGACGACAAACAGCUGGACGCCACCGGCAACAACAAAGGUGGUUCAGUUAACCUCGUAAGUGAACCACCUCCUCUGCCUCCCCUGACCAUGGCUUCGAAGGCAGAGAGUGUAGCCUCAGUUACGUCUCAGUGUAGCUUCAGCAGCACCAUCGUCCAUGUAGGAGACAAGAAACCUCCGGAGUCAGACAUUGUUAUGGAAGAGGCUCCCACAACUCCAACCCUAGUCGCCCCCCCUCUGGCUACCACCCCAAAGCCUCCAGCUACCACCAGCUCGACUCCAGUUGCUCUGACCGCCCCCAUUAGUACAACUGUAGCCCCCUCUCACCUUCCUCCGCCGCCUCCUCCGCCUCCUCAGCCUCAGGCAAGUCAGCCGGAGAGAGACAGCUGGCGGAGCGGCAGCGUGGGAGGCGGGGCGGCAGGAGGGAGCGGUGCUCCCAGCCGGCUGGGCCUGACCAAGGAGGUGCUGUCGGCCCACACCCAGCAGGAGGAGCAGGCGUUCCUCGACCGCUUCAGCGAUCUGAGCAAGCUGCGGGUCCUCGAUCAGACUGCGUCUCUGAACGUGCGCGCCCACGCCCCUGCUGCGCUGCCACGAGGUGUUCGCUGCUCCCGUGAUUACCCAGCAGCCGGAGGCAGCACCGCUCACCGCCGAGGCCGCGGUGGUAAGAGACUGAAGCACCAGGAGUCGUCGGACCAACUCGGCUCGCUGCCUGUGAACCGACAGGACCCUCGAGUGAACGCAGCCCCCGUUCCUCUAAACGUGCCCCUUGGGCCCCCCACAAACUCCCCCUCGUGGCCCUCGGUGGGCUCCCAGGCCAGCAUCCCCGCCGCUCCCUUCCCCACUGGUAUGCUCCCAAUGUACCCCAUCUACCCACAGAUGCCCCAGCCUUUUCCCGUACCCGAUCCGACGCGGUUCCCCUCCACCCAGAUGGUACCUCCCAUGAUGGCGUUUGUUUUGCCCAACUACAUGUUCCCCCAGAUGGGGCUCCCCAUGUCUCAGCCCGGCGCCGCCCCGGGGCAUUUCUACAACCCCAACUACUCUUUCACCGGGGUGCCCCCGCACCCUGCUCUCGUCCCCGUCCCCUCCUUCUCCAACUCUAUGCCCAUGGUGGGCACCUGCGCCCCGUCCCGCAGCAGCACCCCACAGUCCUUCACGCAGACCCCCGCUGACCGGGAGGGGGCGGAGUCUCCCCUCUUCCAGUCAAGAUGCUCCUCCCCUCUCAACCUGUUGCAGCUGGAGGAGACGCCGAUCAACCGGUUAGAAGUCGCCACUGCUUUGGCAGCGUUGCAGCAAGCCCCGCCCUCUGUGCAGAGCGCAGCAGCCGGGGGGCAAAGUUCAGCCAAUCAGAGGAGCUCUGACGAUCCAUCCAAGGAGAAUGAGAACGUUGAAGCUGUUGAGUCCAACCAGGAUGCAAUGUCCACUUCCAGUGACCUGCUGGACCUCCUGCUGCAGGAAGACUCUCGCUCAGGCACCGGCUCAGCCGGCUCCGGUUCAGGGUCCUCGGGCACGCGGUCCUCAGGAUCAGGCUCCGGCUCCAACGGCUGCAGCUCCUCAGGAACCAGCGGCACCAGCAGCAGCCAGGGCACCCACACCAGCAAGUACUUUGGCAGCAUCGACUCCUCUGAGAAUGACCACUCCCGUAAGCAGCCAGCAGGGGGCGGUAGCAGCGCUGGAGGAGACAGCGGGGAGGAUCAGUUCAUCAAGUGUGUGCUGCAGGACCCCAUCUGGCUGCUGAUGGCAAACACCGACGACAAGGUCAUGAUGACGUACCAGCUGCCCGUCAGAAACAUGGAGAAGGUGCUGCAGGAGGACCGCGAAGCUCUGAGGAACCUGCAGAAACACCAGCCUCGCUUCACGGACGAGCAGAAGAAGGAGCUGAGCCAGGUCCACCCCUGGAUCCGUACGGGACGCCUGCCGCGGGCCAUCAACAUCUCCGGCUGCACGGGGUGCAAGUGUCCCCCCUCGGUGCCUCCCGCCACGCCGUUCGACGUGGAGAUCCACGAGAUGGAGCUGUGCACCGUGCUGAAAACCCAGGAGUGCAGCGGCAAGGACGGGAAGGCUCUCGCCGAGGCGGCCAUGGACGACGUCCAGGUGGAAGACGAAUACGAGGAGGACGAGGCACAGCAGAGGAAAGACGCCAAGGCGGAAGAAAAUACCGAAAAGAAGGAGAGACUGGCAGCAGAAACUGUGAAAGACAAAGAAGAGACUUAAAAUCUAAAUGAGAAGCGCUUGAGUUUUAUCACGUUUCUGCUGAUCUGCAGAAGAAACAGAAAAAGAAACGCGCACCUUCCAGGACAUGUAGAGCUCCACGUUGCACGCUCUUUUGGGAUGGUGAGGUGCAUAUUAAUCCACAACACUGCCAUUUACUGCUGGACUGGUCAGACCGAACUGAUCUAAAUAUCUGACUGUGAUCACACAGCAUCCGGCAUGUUGUAUAUGACUGCAGGAGAAAGGCCUUGAAAACCACCAGAUACUCCCACUCAGUUUUAGAGAGUGACUUUUAAUUCCUUCUUUCCUGUUUUUUUGGGGGGGGUUUUUUUGUUGUUCUCUUUGUUCCUGUAUACAUAUUUAUUUAAGCUGUAAAGUUUAUAGAUGACUGAGGGUAAAUGUGUUAGAAAUAAAAACUGAUGAGCCACAUUACAGAGUCGAAGCUUGAGAAGACAGAGGGACGUCUCCUCUGUUACAGUUCUUCAUAUUGAAUGUUUCUAGGAACACUGCUUUUUUUUUAUUUUUUACUUUGUGUAUAUUUUUGUACUUUAAGCUCCUACAGCUAUUGCUACAGAAGACAAAAAUACCCCAAAAGGAAUAAAUCAUGUUGUAAGAAUUGCUGUUAAAAAAAAAAAAAAAGAAAAAAAAAAAGUUUUUAACCCAGAAGUCAAGCACUUUUGUUUGAGCUGCCCCUCGUUGUGGCACGGUGGCAAUCAC